AUGCGAUUCCUCCUCCCACCCUCUUGCUCGUCCAACACCCUCCUACAACCCCCUGCCCACUUGCUCCAUCCCUGCCGCACAUUAGCCACCUCGACACCACGCCCUGUCCGCUCACACCGCCACCCAGCCGGCUUCACCACACCUCCGCACUCCCCAGUCUCGUCGCUUUCAGCAAGCGCCACCGCAUACCAGGCCAACCCGCGCACCCUUGUCUCCCACCUCGACGCAUACGUCAUCGGCCAGCAGAGGGCCAAAAAGGUCCUCGCCGUCGGCGUGUGGAACCACUACCUCCGCGUCGAGGAAAACGAAAAGCUAAGGCGCUGGGAUCACUCCCUCAGGCUCCGCGAGCACCAGGAGCGGCUCAACACGCUGCAUAACGAGCAGCAGAGUAACCAGGCCGAGCAGAAGCCGCAAGAUGACCAACGGGCCAAAGAGGACGGGGCGGACGAGCUGACCCGGCUGGCGUUUCCACGCUCCUCGCCGACGUCUUCCGCUCAACGCAUGGCCCCAGCUUCCAAUACCGCCGAUGCAACGUCGCCUGCAACGCAGCAUACCGCCUCUACACCACUGCUCAACACCAGACCGGGCUCGCUCAGCUACUACGACAAGUCCAACAUUCUCCUCCUCGGACCAUCCGGUUCCGGCAAGACGCUCCUCCUCCGCACGCUCGCCGAGUCGCUCUCGGUGCCCUUUAUCCACGUCGACGCCACACCCCUCACCAUGGCCGGCUACGUAGGCGAGGACGUCGAGAGCAUCGUCUCGCGCCUCCUCGUGGCAGCCAACGGUGACGUAGAGCGUGCCCAGAGGGGCAUCGUCUGCCUGGACGAGGUGGACAAGCUGGCAAAACGCGCAUCGCCCGCGGGCGGCGGCGGUCGGGACGUCGGCGGCGAGGGGGUCCAGCAGGCGCUGCUUCGGCUGCUGGAAGGCUGUACGGUCUCGGUUCCCGCUCCGACGCCUCCGUCGUCGCAGCAACAGCAGCAGCAAACAUCGAUGAGCGGCGGAAGUGAUGCGGCCGGAUGGUACGCUCAAGAGCAGCAGCACCAGCAGCAGCAUGUCUCAUCGUCGUCCGCGACGUCCGGGGGCGCAAUGACGGCGGGCGCCGGCGGCGCCUCGCCGACAGUUUCGAUCUCAACGCAAAACGUCCUGUUCGUGCUGAGCGGGGCGUUUGUCGGCAUCGAAGACGUGAUCCAGCGACGACUGGGCAAGUCGGGCGCCGCCGCUGUCGCCGCCGCGCCCUCUUCAACGGCGCUGCUGGCACAGCUGGAACCGAGCGACCUGGAAGCGUACGGUCUGAUACCGGAGUUCAUCGGCCGUCUGCCGCUGCUCACGACCCUCGCGCCGCUCUCGCUCGAUGACCUGGUGGCCAUCCUGCAGAAACCCAAAAACGCGCUGCUCAAGCAGUACACGCGGCUUUUCGCCUCGUUCAACGUCGAGCUCAUCGUCACGCCCGCCGCCGUGCGCGCCGUGGCGCGGAGGGCAAAGGAGGGCAACACGGGCGCGCGCGGACUGAGGCGCAUCCUCGACGAGAUCCUCCUCGACCCGUUUUACAUUUCCUUCCAGAGCGGCGUCAGGUUCGUCGUCGUCGACCGGGCCAGCGUCGAAGAGGCAAAAGAGGUCGGCCUAUACUCGCGCGGACAAAAGGCCGACGUCGUGGCCAGAGUCAAGGCCGAUUCCACACCACCACCACCCGCCGCCGCAGCUACCCGAGUCGACGAGCGGACGAAGCGGAAGGUCCGUAGAUAUGUCAGGGUCCGGGCGAAGUGGGCGUCGAGGAGCGGGGCGGUCCGGGUCAAAUUGCUCGCAUAA